GCUUCAAACUUUGACUAGUAGACACCUUCAUUCAUUUCUUGUAAGGUUCCUUUGGACAGGUGUUUGCAAGAAAUAUAAAAUUAAUCUUUGUUGAUUUUGAAGAGCCAGUUCAAAAAUCAGAUUCCUGAAAAUUCAUUCACUGAUGAACAAUUCUGAUAAAGAAGAAACUACAAAGAAGAUGGAGCACAAAAAAGCAACAAGCAAGAAAAGAAGCAAUUUUGCAUGUAGAAUUCAUGAACAUGUAAAACUGGGUCCUAAACUGUCUGAGACUGUGAAGGGUAAGUUGAGUUUGGGAGCCAGAAUUAUACAAGAAGGUGGAAGAGGGAACAUUUUCAAGCACAUCUUUGGGAUGCAAGAAGGAGAGAAACUCUUGAAAGCUUCACAAUGCUAUUUAUACACAACAUCUGGUCCAAUUGCUGGAGUUCUCUUUAUCUCCACUGAAAAGGUUGCAUUUUGCAGUGAAAGGCCAAUAACUUGCACUUCUGCAGCUGGAGAAUUGGUCAGGGUACCUUACAAGGUAGUCUUCAUGGUGUUGAUACCAGUAGAGAAGAUAAAAGAGGUCAAUGAAGGGCAGGACGUGAACAAGACAGAACAAAAGUACAUAGAGAUUGUUACUGGGGAUGGUUCUGAAUUUUGGUUUAUGGGGUUUCUACGUUAUGAGAAAGCUUUCAUGAAUCUUCAGAAAGCUAUUUCUAAGUCCAGUUAACACCAAAAAGAGAUAAUUGUACAUUGUUUAGACAUACACAGUUGUUUUCUUUUAUGUUAAUAGGAUUUCGUUGUUCUCUGUACAAAAGAGUUGUGGUUUCAUGUCAUCCCUAAUAGCUUGAUGGUUAAGAAGGCUUGGUUAAAUUA